AUGGCGACCACGAUUCAAGAAUGCGCCUCAUUGAGUGCAUUGGAACGCCGAGAACGAAGAAAACAAAAGAUCCUGAACAACGCAGAAUCUCGACUGAACAAGUUGUUAUCCGGGCCAGAUGGUGAGUUGUGUUUUUCUGCUGUUCUUUAGGAUUUAGAUGAAAACGGGUUGAAAUGAGGUGUCUAGUGGAAUAUCGGGGGAUUUGGUUUUGAAACAGACUAAAGGGAGCUGGCUUUUAUUGAGAAAUGUCGAUGAGAUCGCAUAUUUGCUGUUUUCCCAACCGUUGGUGUUUUCGAAGGCUUUUCGUUUGCAAACUAUGCAUUUUUAUCUUGUUUUAGGCUACCAGUGUUGUAUUGCUAGUUUUUGUUGGAUAGCCUACAAUUUCUUGAUAAUUUUGGUUUGGAAAUUUGGCCCAAGGUAUUUUCCAAAUUUUCGCUUGAGUUGCACCAAAAUUCGAGGCUGUUUUACGUCUAUUUCAACCUUCCUCUUGUCCUAGACCUUCAAAAUUAAUCUAAUUUCAAAUAAUUUUAGGUACCACACGAGCAGCCCCAGGAAUUGAUGGCGCUCCUUCUCCAGUACAACCUUCCACCGCAGCUGAACGAGAUUCCCAACUCAACGCCUCACAUUCCAGUCAAACUUCCACCAGAACUGCCAAGGAGAUAGAUGAAGGGGAAAUCGAUUUCUCAAAGCUCCAGUCCUCCGUUCUUGGUGACGAAUCGCUGAAUUCUACACAUUUGGACUUUGUGAUGCCUACGUACUGGGAUUCUGUGGACAAAAAUCGCUUCUAUUUGGUCGGAAUCAUGGGUAACAUUAAAAAAAUAUGUUCUGAUUUUGUUUUAGGUCUUAUCUUGACGAUUCUUGCCCAAUAUCAUCUGUUGAACAAUGUGAUCUGGCCCAUAAUUCUUGUCCAGCUGUCGUACGAGAUAUUCAUGUUCAGGAGUGUAAGUUUCUCACAUUUUUUAUCCAUUCCUUUUCAAAUUUAGCGCAAAUUCCGCUACCCAAAACACGGCUACGUGGUGAAUAUCCUUUUGGCCGCUGGACUGGACGACAACAUCGUGAUCAAUGCCGGCGUGAUCCUGGACAUUGGUUGGGAACUCAUGGUCGAUCUGGUUUUGAUCUCCUUCGUCUAUGUGUCAUCGAAUGUUGUGGUACAGACCACCCACAAACUGCUCCAAUACCUGGCCAGCUUCUAA